AUGAAGAUCCUGGUCUUGGUCUUGGUUUUUCUACAGCUCUCGGAGGCUCGCCCCUCCUCCUCGCCCUGUGUCUGCAGAGUCAUCCUGAAAAAGGGCAAGUCCAUCCGCCAGACGCUGGAGGAGAGGGGCGUGCUGGAGCAGUUCCUGAAGGCGGUCCCGAAGGCGGACCCCGCUGCCAAGUAUCACUUCAGCAACGACGCUGUUGCUUACGAGCCCAUCACCAACUACCUGGACGCUUUCUAUUUUGGGGAGAUCAGCAUUGGGACACCACCCCAAAACUUCCUGGUCCUCUUUGACACGGGCUCCUCCAACCUGUGGGUGCCCUCCACCUACUGCCAGAGCCAGGCCUGCUCCAAUCACCACAGGUUCAACCCCAGCCUGUCCUCCACCUUCAGAAACAACGGGCAAACCUACACCCUGUCCUACGGGAGCGGCAGCCUGAGCGUGGUCCUCGGAUACGACACUGUGACCGUUCAGGGCAUCGUCGUCAACAACCAGGAGUUCGGCCUGAGCGAGAAUGAGCCCAGCAGCCCCUUCUACUACUCGGACUUCGACGGCAUCCUGGGGAUGGCCUACCCCAGCAUGGCGGUGGGCAGCGCCCCGACGGUCAUGCAGGGCAUGCUGCAGCAGGGCCAGCUCACCCAGCCCGUCUUCAGCUUCUACUUCUCGAGCCAGCCGACCUACCAGUACGGCGGGGAGCUCAUCCUCGGAGGGGUGGACCCCCGGCUCUAUUCCGGUCAGAUCGUCUGGGCCCCCGUCACCCGGGAGCUGUACUGGCAGAUUGGCAUUCAGGAGUUUGUCAUCGGUAACCAGGCCACUGGCUGGUGCUCCCAGGGCUGCCAGGCCAUCGUGGACACGGGCACCUUCCUGCUGGCGGUCCCCCAGCAGUACAUGGGCUCCUUCCUGCAGGCGACGGGAGCCCAGCAGGCUCAGAACGGCGACUUUGUGGUCGACUGCAGCUCCGUGCAGAGCCUGCCCACCAUCACCUUCGUCAUCAGCGGGGCCCAGUUCCCUCUGCCUCCCUCCGCUUACGUCCUCAACAACAAUGGCUACUGCAGGCUGGGGAUCGAGGCCACUUACCUGCCCUCCCCCAAUGGGCAGCCCCUGUGGAUUCUGGGCGACGUUUUCCUCAAGGAGUAUUAUUCCGUCUACGAUAUGGCCAACAAUAGGGUGGGCUUUGCCUUCUCCGCCUAGACGGCAGGGGCAGCGGCCUGCGCCCUCCCCGCAGGACUCCGGG